AUGUCUGACAACAUGACCAGCUUGGCAGGCAAGUUGCAGGACUUGGAGCUGUGCCUCAUGAGUCACCAUAGUCCCGACGUCGGGUAUGGGCGGGCACUGAGAGAAGCCGUUCUUUCCAUGGAUCUCUUCAUGGAGUUAGAAGUCAUAAAAAGUCUUGGAGACCUGCAUCUUCAGAAAGGCAAGCAGGGAAAGGAUUCAGCAGAGUUUGACACGGCUGCUGCCCUGUAUGCUGCUGCCUUUCUGCGCUGCAAAGAUCCAGGUAUGGGAGAAACACUUAGUCAUCGAAUUGACUACAUGGAGAAACUUUGCAGACAGCUGCUGCAGGGGUACAGUCCACAGUAUCAGUGGUUGUCACCAGACUGCUGGGGUACUGCUGACAGUAAUGUCUUAAGGGUGGCAGAAACUUGCAAGAAAUUAGACAAAAGGGUGGGUAAACUCUGGCAAUCUGUUGAGGAGUCCUACACAGAAACAUUAGUGACUGCAAUCGGCAAGGGUGAUACGUUUUUAGAGGUUGAGGUUCUCAAAUCUCUAGGAGAUUUCUACCUUGAGAAAGGCAGGAAAACCUCCAAACUAUCCCAGUUCUCCGAGGCGUCUGCCAUGUACGGCAAGGCCCUGGUCAGAUGUGAGGAUCCGGAGACGAAACAAACUCUGCACCAUCGUGUCCUGUACAUGGUGAAGAUCUGGGGAGCAGUGAGAGCUAGAAGGCAAUCAUCAUCAAACAAAUCAAGAAAAAGAGGAAGAGGAAGAAGAUCACCCACGAGGCAUCAGUUUGGGAACAUCAAAAGACCUGAUGUUACUCAGGGCAGCCAUCCACGUCCAGACAAUGAAAGCUCAUACAAAGAACACCUACAGGAGGGCUGCAGGGCCCUGCAGACAGAAGACCUGGACACGGCAGAACAACACUUCGCAGCUGCUCUCAAGUCUGUACAUGUCAAAUUUUCAAAAUAUGACCGACACAUCAAAGAAGCAGAGCCCCUCUACAAGUUAGGCGACGUCUACCUGAAGAGAGGAAUCCAGUCUAAAGACGGGGGAGACUUCACCAAGGCUGCAGCACUCUGUAAUGCAGCACUACCGACCACAAUCUGGAAGACUAUUGAGAACCUCAACAAGACUGGCGCCAUCAGUUGUGAGAACGCACACCACUUAAUGGUGAUGGUGAGCAUCUCAGCAGAACUGAGGCUGCGGACAUACAUGAGUAAUGGAGGCCAGUUGGAAGGCAUGUCAGUCUUGUCAUCAGUGUCGACAGAUACAGACAUAGUGGAGACAUUAAAGAAAGUGUUUUACUAUUCAAAUUCCAAACAGCUCAUGAGAUACUAUUACACAGAAAGGCCAACAAAGCACUUAAUUUCACAGCUUGCCAUUGGUCAUUCAACAGAGGAACCAUCAAUUCUAUUUGAUGACUCUUUCCGCGUAAAAGCAGUGUUGUACAAAAGUCUGUGUGAUUAUGAAAACUAUAAGACAUGUGCAGAACAAGCGCUACGGAGUGAUAGAUCUAGAUAUGGUGAAGGGAAUCCACAUUCAGACAUUGCUGCGUCUCUUAACAACCUUGGUCAUGCCUGGUACAAACUUGGUGAUCUUAGAAAAGCCGCCAAUUAUUAUAAACAGUCACUAAAGAUGGAGCAGAGUAUAUAUGGGCAGAACACCCAACAUCCUGACAUUGCAGGAUCACUUAACAACUUGGGUGUGGCCUGUAGCAAACUCCGUGAUUACAAAAAGGCCGUCAGUUAUCUUGAACAGUCACUACGGAUGGUGAAGACUAUCUAUGGCGAGAACGCCGAACAUCCAGACAUUGCCAGAUCACUUAACAACUUGGGCGAGGCCUGUAGCGACCUUGGUGAUUACAGAAAGGCCGUCAGCUAUUAUGAACAGUCACUACAGAUGAUGCAGAGUAUCUAUGGCGAGAAUACCGAACAUCCUGACAUUGCCACAUCCCUUAACAACUUGGGCAAUGCCUGUAUGGGACUUGGAGAUCACAAAAACGCCAUCAGGUAUUAUGAACAGUCACUACAGAUGCAGCAGAGUAUCUAUGGAAAGAACACCAAACAUCCUGAUAUUGCUGGAUCACUUAACAACCUGGGCGUGGCCUGUAGCGGUCUCGGUGAUUAUAGAAAAGCCAUCAGCAAUUUUGAACAGUCCCUUCAGAUGAGGGGGAGUAUCUAUGGGGAGAACACAGAACAUCCGGACAUUGCCCACUCACUUAAUAACUUGGGCAUGGCCUGUAACAACCUUGGGGACUACAGAAAGGCCGUCAGCUAUUUUGAACAGUCACUACAAAUGAGGCAGAGUAUCUAUGGGGAGAGCAAUGCACAUCCUGACAUUGCCGACUCACUUAAUAACUUGGGCACGGCCUGUAACAACCUUGGGGACUACAGAAAGGCCGUCAGCUAUUAUGAACAGUCCCUACAGAUAAGACAGAGUAUCUAUGGGAAGAACACCGAACAUCCUGACAUUUCGAACUCACUUUACAACUUAGGAGCAGCCUAUGGCAAUCUCGGUGAUUACAGAAAAGCCAUUAUCUAUCUUGAACAGUCACUACAGAUGAUACAGAGCAUCUAUGGGGAGAGAUAUGGUGAAGGGAAUCCACAUUUAGACAUUGCUGCGUCUCUUACCAACCUUGGAGAGGCCUGGGACAGUCUUGGUGAUAAAAGAAAAGCCGCCAGUUAUUAUAAACAGUCACUAAAGAUGAAGCAGAGUAUCUAUGGGGAGAACACUGACCAAAUUGACAUUGCCUACUCACUUCUCAACUUGGGCGCGGCCUGUAGUAAACUCGGUGAUCACAGAAAGGCCGUCAGUUAUUUUGAACAGUCACUACAGAUGAUGAAGAAUAAAUAUGGGGAGAACACCGAACAUCCUGACAUUGCCGACACACUUAGUGACUUGGGCGAGGCCUGUAGGGAACUUGGUGAUUACAGAGAGGCCGUUAGCUAUCAUGAACAGUCACUACUGAUGUGGCAGAGUAUCUAUGGGGAGAACACCGAACACCCUGACAUCGCCACAACACUUAACAACUUGGGCAGUGCCUGUAGUGAACUCGGCGAUUACAGAAAUGCCGUCAGCUAUUAUGAAAAGUCACUAAAGAUGAAGUGGGGUAUCUAUGGGGAGAACACCGAACAUCCUGUCAUUGCCACAUCACUUGGUAACUUGGGCACGGCCUGUAUGGGACUUUGUGAUUACAAAAAGGCUGUCAGCUAUCAUGAACAGUCACUACAGAUGAGGUGGAAUAUCUAUGGAGAGAACACCGAACAUCCUGACAUUGCCGCAUCACUUAACAACUUGGGCGCGGCCUGUAGCGAACUCGGUGAUUACAGAAAGGCCGUCAGCUAUUAUGAACAGUCACUACAGAUGAGGUGGAGUAUCUAUGGGGAGAACACCGAACAUCCUGACAUUGCCGCAUCACUUAACAACUUGGGCGCGGCCUGUAGCGAACUCGGUGAUUACAGAAAGGCCGUCAGCUAUUAUGAACAGUCACUACAGAUGAGGUGGAAUAUCUAUGGGAAGAACACCGAACAUCCUGACAUUGCCGACUCACUUAAUAACUUGGGCGCGGCCUUUAGCGAACUUAGUGAUUACAAAAAGGCCUUCAGCUACUAUGAACAGUCACUGCAGAUGAGGCGGAGUAUCUAUGGGGAGAACACCGAACAUCCGGACAUUGCCCACUCACUUAAUAACUUGGGCAUGGCUUGUAGCAACCUUGGAGAUCACAAAAACGCCAUCAGCUAUUUUGAACAGUCACUACAGAUGAAGCAGAGUAUCUAUGGGGAGAGCAAUGCACAUCCUGACAUUGUAAUGUCAUUAAACAACUUGGCUGUUACUUGGGGCUACCUUGGUGAUCACAGAAAGGCUGACACCUAUCGUGAUCAGGCAAAGAGGAUGAGGCAGAUUAUCUCAGAAAGAAAUAAAGCACAAUCUGACACUGUUGGAACCUAACGAUAUUCCAAUGACCAUGAAAAGGCAAUUGCCCAAACAGACACUGCAUUUUGAAUUGACAAUGAUACUGAGCCCGGAAACAACAGACAUAUAAUAAUUCAAUCAUAUGUACAAUUGUUCACUCAAAAAGGUUUACACUUGUCGAAAUGUGUGCAACUGCCUACGGAAAACAAUUCGUUUUCAAAACAUUAUGAUCUUACUUUUACAUCUUAUUGUUUUUAUUGAGCAUUUAUUGAUCCGUUAGUUGCUGCUUUUACUUGUUGUUUUGUUAUUAUUAUAUAUCAUUAUUUUACCAUUGUAUUUUUUAACGG